GUGCUCUGAGCAGUGGGUUCAUGAUGACCUCCCAAACACCAGCAUCAUCAUGUGCUUUGUGGAUGAAGUGUGGUCCACCCUCCUCCGCUCAGUUCACAGUGUCCUUAGCAGGUCUCCUCCACACCUGAUUGAAGAAGUCAUUUUGGUGGACGACUUCAGCACUAAAGAGUACCUCAAGGAGAAGCUGGACAAAUACAUGUCACGGUUCCCAAAAGUGAAGAUUCUCCAUCUCAGGGAGAGGCAUGGUCUAAUACGGGCCAGACUGGCAGGAGCGGAGAUCGCCAAAGGUGCCAUCCUGACAUUCCUGGACUCACAUGUGGAGUGCAAUGUAGGGUGGCUAGAACCACUGCUGGAGAGGGUCCGUCUGAGCCGGACCAAGGUUGCCUGCCCUGUCAUUGAGGUCAUCAGCGACAAGGACAUGAGUUACAUGACCGUGGACAACUUUCAGCGUGGGGUUUUUACUUGGCCAAUGAAUUUUGGAUGGAGGCAGAUUCCACAAGAGGUCAUCGAGAAAAAUAAAAUCAAGGAAACCGAUAUAAUAAGGUGCCCGGUCAUGGCAGGUGGCCUGUUUUCCAUCAAUAGGAAGUACUUUUUUGAGCUAGGAAUGUACGACCCAGGGCUGGAUGUUUGGGGAGGUGAAAAUAUGGAGAUUUCAUUCAAGGUUUGGAUGUGCGGAGGAGAGAUUGAGAUUGUUCCAUGCUCCAGAGUUGGGCACAUUUUCAGGAACGACAAUCCUUAUUCCUUCCCAAAAGAUCGGGUGAGAACAGUGGAGAGGAACUUGGCCCGCGUUGCAGAGGUCUGGCUGGACGAGUACAAAGAGUUAUUCUAUGGCCAUGCUUACCAUUUAGUCCUAAAAAACGUGGAUGUUGGUGACCUGACUCAACAAAUCCAACUGCGAAAGAAGCUUCACUGCAAAAGUUUCCGGUGGUACCUGGAGAACGUCUACCCAGACCUGGAAGCUCCCUUGGUUAAAGCCAGUGGUCUGCUUGUUAACAAAGCCAUGGCAAGAUGCAUCACUGUGGAAAACAUGACUUUAGCUUUUGAGGCAUGUGAUGUUAACAACAAGAACCAGAAGUUCAACUACACCUGGCUGAGGCUGAUCCAGCAUGGAGACCUCUGCAUCACCCCGACUGGCACUGCGGGAGCACUGGGACUGCAUCACUGUGAGGGCAGAAGCCGCAGCCUGGCGUGGCUGCACGGGUCACUGGCCACCUUCCAGCCAGAGCUGACAGACCACAUCAUUUCGGAACAUCUCCAGCAGCCGGCUUGCUUGGAAGUGGAUCCCUCUCACAAAGCCCUGAGGGUAAAUGCCUGUAACUCUGCAAAUCCUUAUCAAAAGUGGCAGUUCGGCAAUUACUAUGCAGACUGA